UGAAGCGCGGCCACUGUGGCUAGUCUCGUGCGUGACCAUGCGUGUGAUUGUGAAGAUUAAUUGUUGUAAGGUGCCCAAGUAUAACGGCGAAAGACUGUUCAAAUUGGAGUUUAGAGGCGUCGAACAACACUCGGAAAUAAUCAACUCUACGUUAGUUAAUCAGAAAUUUGAUUGGCCUCUGCUAAAGAAAUUGGAAAGUGAUGAUUUGUUGAUCAUACAACUGUUGAGCCAUCAGCGACAUCAAUGUGACAAGACACUUGGGUAUUACACCUUGCCCUUAGAUAAAGUGGUUGCUGAACGAUUCGUCCAUUUGAUAGAUUCGUUUUCGGAUAUCAACGACCGAGCAUUACCUAUCACAAUCGAUCUGGACUUGGAGUACUUGACCGAGGGUAUGGACCGAAUCGACCGGAUUUCCGUGUUCAGUUCAAGACCGGAAUCGCCUACCGAGUCGACGGACGAACGACAAAUGUUGUUGGACGUGCAGCAAAAUAUUGCCAACCUUGAGAAGUCUUUCAUCAGCGGUCAGCGGUCUGACGGCGGCGGCGCAGAACCAUCCGGCAGCGUUCAAGACGGGAAAACCCACAAAAAAGGGUUGUUCCGGUAUAGUUCUUUUUACACCGAAACCCAACCGACGUCUCCCCCCACUUGCGACCGAAAAAGUCGGGGCACGAUAUUCAAGAAAGGCGUAAAGAGCUUAAUGCGAAUGGGCAAACACAGGACUUCGCCGGACAAAGAGGCACUUGUCGACAGCGACGAUAGCGCACAAACGGCCCCGACGAUUGGCCAUCAGCGUGGGCAAGGCACCGAGACCAGCGACUUGUCGUCCGAUAACGAGUCCGUCCGGUCGGUCCAAUCGGACUACUCGCCAAAGCCCAGGAAACCGCUAAAGCACAAAGACCAUCUGAACGCCCUGCAAAACGCUCUCAAGUCCCAAGACUUCCAGGUGUGCGUGACCAUCGUCGAGGCCAGACAGCUGGCCGGACUCAACAUGGACCCGGUGGUUUGCGUACAGGUGGGCGAAGUCAAAAAGUACACCAGCGUCAAAGAGAGCACCAACUGUCCGUACUACAACGAAUAUUUUGUGUUCGACUUCCACAUGCCGACUGUGAUGUUGUUUGAUAAAAUCAUUACAUUAUCGGUCUUACAAUCAAGGCACAUAUUAAAAGCGUCGAAACUGUGGGGCAGCUUUAAAUUAGACGUUGGCACCGUCUGGUACCAACCAGAACACCAGUUCUAUCACAAAUGGGCUUUGCUGACAGACCCGGACGACAUAGCUGGCGGACCCAAGGGAUACCUAAAAUGCGAUAUUAGCGUCAUAGGCAAAGGCGACACCAUCAAGAUCCCGCCGAAAACGGAAAAGGACGAAGACGACAUCGAAGCGAACCUGCUGUUGCCCGACGGCGUGCCGGUGGAUAGACAGAGAGCCAAGUAUGUGGUGCGCAUAUAUAGAGCGGACGGAUUGCCGAAGAUGAACAGCACGCUGGUGGCUAACAUGAGAAAAGCGUUUACCGGUGAAAGUCGAGACCUGGUCGACCCUUUUGUGCAAGUAUCGUUCGCCGGUCUGACAGGCAAGACCAGUGUAAGAAAGCACAGUUACUCGCCAGUGUGGAACGAACAAAUUGUGUUUUCUGACAUGUUCCCGCCGCUCUGUCAGAGAAUUAAAAUUCAGCUAAGAGACAACGAUCCGGUGAAUACUAUUAUCGGCACGCACUUUGUCGACCUGAAAACUAUAUCCAACGACGGCGAAAAAGGUUUCCCGCCUACCUUCGGACCGACGUUCAUACACAUGUACGGGUCAACAAGGGAUUACAGCAUUCUGGACAAACACGCCACCCUCAACACCGGACUUGGGGAAGGGGUGUCAUACAGGGCCAGGGUGCUGGUGUCUAUUCGCACCGAGAUCACCGAAAACACUGAAUUUUUGAACUCCGGAGUGGACGUCGAGCCUACGUAUCCAAUUACCGAGACGUCGUAUUGUAAGAACGAAGAGUUCUUUUUGUUCGUGACCAUCUUGGACGCGUCGAUGAUCGACAAAAAGCUGGGAGAGAAGCCAAUCUAUUUCGAACUGAGCAUAGGCAAUGCGGGCAACGUGAUCGACGGUCACAACGAAUCAAAUUCCCAGGAAGACCACGACAAGUUCAACGUGCUGGAAAGCGUCGUUUCGGAAUCUUGGCAGAGCACGACAGCGGCAAUAAAGCCGGUGACCAACGACAAGACGUAUUACUUUCUACCGUUGUGCGAAGACAAACCUUGUUUGCACGUCAAGUCCGCCUGGCCGGACUAUCGGAGAAGGAUGUACAACUCCAACUUAAUUAAUAAAAUAACGGAUAAGUUGGAAGAAGGUUUGAACGAGGUGUCGUUCUUGCUAGACGACGACGACCCGGACAAAGAGGACAAACUUAAAUCGGUCCUGGACGAACUAUCGUCGAGCUGUUAUCGGUAUGUGAACUUUACGAAAGGCGUGGGAUGCGGUCAGGGUUUGGGCAAGACCAAACUGGACAAGGAAAGGAUAAAACUCUGUUUGCGAGAAAUAGAACACGUGGGUAAGAUGUCGAGAAAUUUAAAAGCUAUAGUUACAAAGAAUUCGUUCAAGGAGCGUUAUAAAACUUCGCUGGGGUAUUUACAGAAAAUCAAAAUGCUCGUUGAAGACCCGCAACACUCGUUACCUGAUAUUUUCCUGUGGAUGGUUAGUAACGGCAAGAGAGUGGCGUACCAAAGAAUAAUGGCUAGGCACUUGAUCUAUUCGGUAGCCGACGAGGAAUGUGGAAAGUUCUGUUCGAAAGUGCACAGCAUAUUUUUAAAGUUGCCGGGCAAGAAGAAUUGCGGCGCUUCGGGUUGGUCGGUGCCCGCUAAACUGCAAGUGUACACGUGGCUGGGACAAAUGAAGCACAAGAAGUAUUUGUCGGCGGGUUUGCCCAGCGGUUACAAUACCGUUCCCGAGCUGUACAGUCCGGACAACCCGAGAUUGCCUCCUCCGGCUUACAUUCACUACCGCGAAAAAUAUAUGUUCCAGCUGAGAGCAUACAUGUACCAAGCCCGCUCGUUGAUUGGUUCAGACGCUUCCGGGUUAUCCGACCCGUACGCACAGGUUAUAUUCGGCGAGCAUUCCACAAAAACCCAGGUGAUAGACGAAACGCUGUCUCCGACUUGGGACGAACUGCUGAUCAUCGACCAGGUAACGUUGUACGGCACCAAGGAACACAUCAAAAGUCACCCGCCGACCGUCGUGGUGGAGAUAUUCGACCAAGACAAAGUGGGCAAAUCCGAAUUCAUCGGCCGCACCUCAGCCAGGCCACACGUUAAACUACUCGAAGAUGACUACGUAAAACCAGAUUUUCCACCGUCUUUGGAAUGGUACGACGUGCACAGAGGCAUGGAACACGCCGGAGAGCUUUUGGCCACUUUCGAGCUGUUACAGCUUCCCAACCCGUUUUUAGGUGAGAGUGCUGUGCUGCCACCCUUGCCGGACCCGAAAGAUGUGUAUUCCAUAAUGGAUAGUCAAAACUGCGGACCGGUGUUGCCGAUUCCCCAAGACAUUCGACCUACGUUAGCCAAAUACAGGAUCGAAGUAUUGUUUUGGGGAUUGCGGGAUUUGAAACGCGUUCAUCUCAUGUCGGUAGACAAACCGCGUGUAGACAUAGAAUGCGCCGGUCACAUCCUCUACUCGUCGAUCAUUCAAAACGCCAAAAAAAAUCCAAAUUUCAGCACACCUGUCAAGUUUUUAGAACUCGAGUUGCCGGAACAAGAACUUUAUCGACCGCCACUUACAAUACGUGCAGUCGACUGUCGAAGUUUCGGACGUUUUACCUUAGUAGGAACACAUCUUAUUAAUUCUAUACACAGGUACAUGUACGUACCGACAACUAAGAGGGACCGUGAAGCUAUGGAACGAAGGAAGUCACUGAAACAAUUGCAACAAAUAGACAUUAAAAGAAAUUCUACGACUCCUCGUCGACCUCACAAAAACGACCACAACAACACGCAAUCGUACGAUAAAGGUUACAAUGGUUUCGACAAGCCGGACUCGGUCAUUUACAUUAACUAUGGGUCGAGUCACUUGACUCAAAAAGACAUUAAAACUCAGUACAAUCGAAAUCGCAAGCAUAGCGUCGAGGAGGUAGUCGAGAUGAGGAACGAUGAUAGCAGAGAUUGGUGGACCAAGUACUUUGCGUCCGUUGAGUACGCCAUCUUAGAGGAAAAUCGAAAAUCCAUUUACGGGGACAGCAACGGACUGUUACCCAUUCAAAUGGAAGCGGACAAUAACGAGGCCAAGUCGACGAAAAAGGGUACGAAAGCUUCGCGGCUCGUAGCCAAACUGAGCCCGAAGAAAUUUCAAAGGAAACGAGAAAUGGAAAAAAAAAUUGCCACUAUGAAGAUAUAUUCCAACGAGCUGGAGGCACAACCGGAGUUUAACGGUUUUCGAGAAUGGUUGUUGCCUUUUGACUUGUACCGAGGCAAAAAGACCGGCGACGAUGUCGAAGACGACGCCAGGAUAGUCGGGACGUUUAAAGGUUCGGUUAAAGUGUACAAGUGGCCGUUGCCGAGAGAUAUCGAAGACCACACGAUAAUGGGAUUCGAUCCGCAAUUCGGUUUCUUCCAAGGGUUGCCGUCGAACGAUCCAAUCCACGUUUUGGUCAGGGUAUACAUAGUUAAGGCCAACGAUUUGCACCCGAUGGAUAUAAACGGCAAGGCCGACCCGUACGUUGUGCUGCAGCUGGGGUCCAAGAAAAUCAGCGACAAAGACAAUUACAUAUCCAAACAGCUGAAUCCCGUUUUUGGAAAGUGCUUUGAAAUCGAAGCCACGUUCCCUCAAGACUCCAUGCUAACCGUACAGAUUCUAGACUGGGACUUGCUGGGAUCGGACGAUUUGAUCGGUGAGACCAGAAUAGACUUGGAAAACCGAUUUUACAGUAGACACAGGGCGACCUGUGGCAUUCCCAAAACAUACGAGUUGCAUGGUUACAACCGUUGGAGGGAUUCGAUGAAGCCCACGCAGAUAUUGGCGAAAUUGUGCAAAGAAGCCAAGUUUGACACGCCGGUCUACAUGAACGGCACGGUCAAAAUCGGUUCCAAAACGUUCUGUCUUCAAAACAACACUGAAGACACGAUCGAUUGGUAUUGUGCCAAAGGAGCGGAGGAGCACAUGGCUUUAGCUGUGCUACACAAUUGGCACGAAAUACCGAAAAGGGGUUGCCACCUGGUGCCCGAACACAUCGAGACACGACCGCUGUUCAUUGCGGACAAAGCCGGAAUCGAAAGGGGUAAGCUAGAGAUGUGGGUGGAUUUGUUUCCGAUGGACAUGCCACUUCCCGGGCCUGCGUUGGAUAUAUCGCCGAGGAAACCCAAAUCCUAUCAGUUGCGAGUGAUCAUUUGGAACACGGACGACGUGGUGUUGGAGGACGACGCUUUUUUCACGGGCGAGAAGAUGAGCGACAUCUACGUCAAAGGGUGGUUGAAAGGACCGGAAGACUGUCAGAGCACGGACAUACACUACAGGUCGUUGACCGGAGAGGGAAACUUCAAUUGGAGAUUUCUUUUCCCGUUCGACUACCUGGUGGCCGAAGAGAAAAUAGUGAUUUCGAAAAAGGAGUCGCUUUUCUCGUGGGACGAGACAGAAAGCAAAAUACCGGCGAGAUUGGAGCUCCAAGUCUGGGACGCCGAUCACUUCUCGGCCGACGAUUUCCUGGGAGCCCUGACGCUGGAUUUGAACAAUUUUCCAAGAGGCGCCAAAUCGUCAAAACUAUGCACGUUAGAGAUGCUCAAGUCCGACGGAUCCGUCCCAAUGGUGAACAUAUUUAAACAGAAACGAGUGAAAGGCUGGUGGCCGUUUUACGUGAAAAAGGAAAACGAAGAGAUGGAACUGACGGGUAAAGUCGAAGCCGAGUUACAUUUACUAUCCACCGAAGAAGCGGAAAAAAUUCCUGCCGGUAUCGGUCGCAACGAACCUGAUCCACUAGACAAACCAAACCGACCCGAUGCAUCGUUCAUGUGGUUCCUGAACCCGUUCAAAUCGAUACGAUACAUAAUUUGGCAUAACUACAAAUGGAAAAUUCUCAAAGGAAUCGUGGUGCUGGCCAUAUUUCUCAUGUUAUUAUUAUUUUUCUAUUCAAUACCAGGUUACUCGGUUAAGAAGAUGUUGGGAGCCUAAUUUAUUUUAAGCCGGGUUAUUUAAACAAAAUUAAAACCUCAUCUAGUGUUUAUCCUGAUAUCAAUGAGUAAUUUUCGUUUACUAAAAUAUCACAUUUAUGUUAAUGAAUCAUAAGCAAUAAUUUUUGUGUCACUACCAACACCAAAAUGGUCCAUAAUUAUUGAUAUUACUUAGGCAUUCUAAAACCUAAUUUCUUUCCAUUCAUCAUUUGUUCUAUUUAAAUAGGUUAAGGUGCAUAGAUAAGUCCUGUAGCUUUAAAAUUAUUUUAUAAUUUCGUUCUUAUUUGACUAGUUCCCCGAAUAAAAUGAAUUUAUCCAAUUUAAGGGUCUUAUUAUAUUUAUUAACUCACAGAAGAUGCAGAGUACAGGUUAUUAACCAAAGGAAUUAAACUCAAAAAUAAAAAUCAAUUAUCGAACAGAAUAAUAAUAGAAAGUUUUUUGGACAAUGAAAACAAACACCACGCCAGUUUCCAUUUCGAUAAGAACAUCAGCAUAAGUAAAUCAAAUUAAAAUUUUGAGUCAAUUAAGUUUAAAGAUUUUACUUAUUCCUAAUAUAUUUGCUUCAAACAGAUAAACAAAUAAGAAAAAAAUUCUGACCCAGAACGUUGAAAAAAUAAAGUGUUUUAAUUUUAUGGGUCUACAUUGUUUGGACUAACAUAUUACUUUAAUGGUAUAAAUUAUAAUUUUUUAGUUAAAAUAAAAAGAUGUAAACACUAAACUUUGGCUGAAACGCGUUUCGAGACUCUGACUUUUAUUAUUAUUAUAGUCUUUAACUGUUCAAUCGAUAGCACAUAUUAUUUAUUGCUCAGGAAAGUUUUCCUAACUGGUUGUAAAAAUAUCUAAAAACAUUUUUAAAUUAGGUACUGUUACCAAAAUAUUGCAACAUAACACUCGAGCAUUAAAUUAUCAUUGUUCUGUCUAUUAUUUUUCACCAUAUUUAUCUAAACAAUGAAUUGUAAAUAAAUACAAAUCAAAAAUGUAUAUUAAUAUGCAUCUUAUUACAUUAAAGUCAAAUAAAUUUCGUUUCCUACCUAACCAACCAAACAAAAGUAUUAUAACCAAAACCUUUUUACGACUGUCAACAAAUUAUUAUAUGCUAAUAUACUUAAGAAAUUAAGAUUUACUGUAUGGAUACUGUAACACGUGUAUAUUCAUACCAUUA